AUGCAUGGAGCCAACAGUACCAGCCUGACACCAAGAUACUUCAUCCUCAAUGGGAUUCCUGGGCUGGAAGCCUCACACAUCUGGAUCUCCCUGCCAUUCUGCUUCAUGUACAUCAUUGCUCUCGUGGGGAACUGUGGUCUCAUCUACCUCAUCAUCCAUGAGGAGGCCCUACACCGACCCAUGUAUUACUUCCUAGCCUUGCUGUCACUUACAGAUGUUAGUGGGUGUACUUCAUUUGUCCCCAAUAUGUUAGGUAUCUUUUGGUUUAGUCUCAAAGAGAUUGACUUUGAUGCCUGCCUUGUGCAGAUAUUUUUCAUCCACAUGCUGACAGGCAUGGAGUCUGGGGUUCUCAUGCUUAUGGCCCUGGAUUGCUAUGUGGCCAUUUGCUACCCUCUACGCUAUUCCACCAUCCUCACCAACACCACAAUUACCAAGGUUGGGCUUGCCACCUUCUCUUGAAGUGUGUUAGUCAUGAUCCCAUUUACAUUCUUGAUCAAGCGUCUUCCUUUCUGCAGGGGCAACCUCAUCCACCACACCUACUGUGACCAUAUGUCUGUGGCCAAAUUAUCCCAUGGUAACAUCAAGAUUAAUGCUAUUUAUGGUCUCAUAGCUGCCAUAUUGAUUGGGGGGUUUGAUAUGUUCUGGAUCUCCAUGUCUUACACUAUGAUUAUUCAUGCUGUAAUCAAUCUGUCAUCUGCAGAUGCUCGACACAAAGCCUUCAGCACAUGUACAUCACACAUAUGUGCUAUUGUCAUCACCUAUGUCCCAGCCUUCUUCAACUUCUUCACUCACCGCUUCGGAGGACACACCAUACCACACCAUGUCCACAUUUUCAUAGCCAAUCUCUACCUGUUGUUGCCUCCCACCUUGAAUCCAAUUGUCUAUGGAGUGAAGACCAAGCAGAUCCGUGAAGGAGUUAUCAAAUUGUUCUUUAGAGAGAAAGAUAUAUUGAGUAUGAGAUAA